AUGACGGAAGGGAGACAUGUGCGAGCUCGUUGGGGAGGCGAUUCCCACGAUUUUACUUCUCAAUGGAGCGGUCGACCCAAUCUGAAACACAAUUGCAGAGCUCUGAUCAAAGAAAACGUCGAGCCUUACCUCCCCGGAACCAAAAUCGUGGGAAUCGCCGUCGGAAACGAAAUCCUCGGCGGCACGCACAUUGAGCUCUGGGAAGCCUUACUCCCUUCCGUAAAAAACGUCUACGCCGCCCUCCAACGCCUCAAUCUCCACAAGAAGAUCGAGCUCUCAAGCCCUAAUUCCGAAGCCGUCUUCGCCAAUUCGUUUCCUCCUUCCGCCUGCAUAUUCCGAUCCGACAUCGCGGUAUUCAUGGUUCCAUUGCUCCAAUUCUUCUCACAAAUUGGAUCCCCGUUCUACAUCAACGGGUACCCAUUCUUAGCCUACAAGAGCGAUCCAGAGCACAUCGACCUCAAUUUCGCAAUUUUCCAGCCCAAUUCGGGGAUCUUCGACGCGAAGACGAAUCUCCACUACGACAACAUGUUCGACGCCUAG